AUGUCUCCCGCUCUCGCUCAAGCCGGUGCUGGCGCCGCCUCCAACGAUGUCAAGAAGGAAUCUGCCGUUGCCCGCCUCCUUGGUUCCGGCUCUGCUGGUAUCGCCGAGUUGGCCGUCUUCCACCCCGUUGAUACCACAGCGAAGCGAUUGAUGAGCAACCAGACCCGGAUUACCAACGCGGAACAAUUCAAUAAGGUUGUCUUCAAGGAGUACGCCGAUGCUGCUGUCGGUCGCAAGUUCACCUCGCUUUUCCCUGGUUUGGGCUACGCUGCGUGUUACAAGGUUCUCCAGCGUAUCUACAAGUACGGUGGCCAGCCAUUUGCCCGUGACUACUUGGCUCAGCACUACGGCAACGAGUUCGACAACGCUUUCGGAAAGGGUAAUGGAAAGGCUAUUAUGCACGCCACCGCUGGCAGUUUGGUCGGUAUCGGUGAGGUCGUCCUCCUUCCUUUGGACGUCCUGAAGAUUAAGCGUCAGACAAACCCCGAGGCCUUCCGUGGCCGUGGUCUCUUCAAGAUCAUUUCUGAUGAGGGUAUGGGUCUCUACCGGGGUGCCGGCUGGACCGCUGCCCGUAAUGCCCCUGGUUCUUUCGCUCUCUUCGGUGGAUCUGCUUUUGCCAAGGAAUACAUCUACGGUCUGACUGAUUACAACAAGGCCAGCUGGGGCCAGAACUUCGUCGCCUCCGUCGUCGGUGCCAGUGCUUCCCUUGUUGUUUCCGCUCCUCUGGAUGUCAUCAAGACUCGUAUCCAGAACCGCAACUUCGAUAACCCCGAGUCUGGAUUCCGAAUUGUGUCUACAAUGCUUAAGAACGAGGGUCCCACCAGUCUGUUCAAGGGAUUGAUCCCCAAGCUGCUGAUGACAGGUCCCAAGUUGGUUUUCAGCUUCUGGUUGGCGCAAACUUUGAUUCCUGCCUUUGGUCAGGUUGUAUAG